AUAAACAAAUCGCGUGGAAAAUGGUGCAGGUGCAGGCGCCAAAAAUAAAGAGUUGAUAAUGUCUUCCGUAAAAGGACAGUACGGCAUCGACCCUUUGCCUGAUUUUUGGAGCGUUGCAGCUACUAACGAUGGCCGUAUCUUCUUUAUUAAUGAGCACUCAAGGGAGACGAGUUGGUUGCAUCCAAAUGGAUACUGUAUACAAUCGGGUUAUAUGCCAGACGAAGAUUUACCGGACUUCUGGGAAAGCGGAGUAACGGCGGCAGGAGCCUUAUAUUACGUAGACCAUCGCCGUGGAGUAACAACGUUUGAACGUCCGGUUCCGAACAAUGGCUUGAAUAGAUCUCAAUCGCAAAGGACAGGAUCUAUUAUUAGUGGAUGGCUGUAUAAACAGGAAGGCGUCGGCUCACAAGCUUGGAAAUGGCGCUAUUGCUCUUUAAUAGACGGCAUCCUGCAUAUCUACAACGACGAGAAAACCGCAGGACAAAAAGACGCCUUAGCAUCUCUAGUUUUAAGUACCUAUAUUCUUAGCGCUUGUUCUGACCUCUCAAAGCCAUACGCUUUUAAGCUGGAACAUCGUAUGCGGGCCGUCUACAUGGCUGCAGAUAGCGAACGAGAAUGGAGGGGUUGGAUGGAAGCUUUAAGCUAUUUUUGUGUUCCUGCAUCAGUAGCUUCUGUCGAACCUUACGAAAAACCUUCAUAUCCUGAGAGAACUAAUUUAGAUUCUAGCCGCCAAUAUCAUACUAAAACACCGGAAAAGAGUGAAAUCCGUUCGAGGGGGACUGACAGCGAAAAUUGGCAGCAUUUGGAUUCACACAAAAGCCGAUUGAACAGAAGUCGAGAUCAUACAUACGUUAAUGAUGAGGAAAUCAAUAAUAACAACGCCGAAGCUAUUUAUUCCAGGCCUUUGCCUCAUUAUUUACGUCAUCAGAAACCACCACCAUCGCCAGAUCGUUACACGCCUGUGACGAAAUCUAAUACAACAGUUAUGCAUACAAUACCGGAAACAGACUCAACCCUUCGCACACCACCUAUGCCUCGUCCGGAGAGAAACACUCAGAAUAAGUGGCAACCGGGUGGUAGGUUAAGUAUUUCCGCAGUUGAUUUGAUAGGAAAAACUCAAGAAGAACUUGUCCUUUUGUUAAUUCAACUUAGAAGAGCACAGGCACAAUUAAAACAGCAAAGCAGGCCUAAUUCAAGCGUUAAUACAGAAGUAUACGCCCCAUUAAUAAAUCUUGUUGAUAAUUUAGUUACGUUAGGUAGUUUAUAUGAUGGCGAGCAGAAUAUGUUUCGGACUCAAUACAAGCAACAUAAACUUAAGCAAGGAGAGUGGACUGCACCAAAGCCAAUGAUUGAGUGGUCCCGGCAAAGACAGGAGAGGGAAUUAAAAGAGAGAAAUAGGCGAAAUCUUAGUUAUCAAGCAAAUCAUACGGAUAUGAACAUGAAUGAUCUAUUAGAGAGGCAACACCAAUUGGAUGUCGAACUGCAGCAAAAAAGUUACGUAGUUACUUCCUUACACGAUGAUCUACUACUUCUCGAACGUUCAUUAGCUAGGACGACUCAACCAUCUCAUCGGGCCAAGUUAGAGUCGGAAAUUAGAAGCGUUCGUCAUCAAUUAGCUGAUGCGAGUUCUCAAGUAGAAUAUUUAGCAUCUCAAAGUCGUUUGGUUGAAGAUGAAAUUUUGGCCCUUAAAAAAGUUAACGACCUGAGUAGAAGCGUUAGUUCUCCUAGCCUUCUUUUAAAGGCAGCCAAAUCGAUUCCUAGCUCGAUGCCUCAAUUGAAUAGCGUAUUAGAUACGCUCAGUACCCGCCAGAGUAAGCUAUCGGAGGCAAUGGUAAAAUUAAGACAUUCGACACCCGACCUUAAUAGUUUAUGGAAGAGAGAAGAAAAUGGCGAUCAUAGAAAUGAAGAUAAUGAGGUGGCUAUCUCUCACUUUGACAUCAGCGAGGCUGACGAGAAUACAAAGAGAUAUUUUGGUAUAACGGCCGCAAAAGCCAGAAAGGCAAGUACGGUUAGAGAAGUAAAAAAGAGAGAGGUAGCCCGAAAAGAGCGCCUAUACUCGAAUGAACAACCACCACGCCCUCCUCCCCCACCGGCUUUUUAUAAUCUGCAGCGCUCCCAGUCUCUUCCCAGAUCGUUUUUGUCGUCUGUAAAGCAAAAGGAAUUCUCUUUUGAUCCAAAUGACUUUGAAAGAGAAGUCCUAGAUAUCCCUGAAAAGGUUCCGAUACCUAUCCGCUACAUUCCUGAGGUUGAUGACUAUAAAAGAGACGAAACACCAGAGGAAAAGGCCGAGAGGAACGCUAGAGCGGAAAAAUUGAGAGCCUUGCUAGCGGAUCAAAGCCUUCAAGAUUACUCAGCACCAACUGGUUUUAAUUCAAAGCAUAGUGUCGAAGAGGAAAAACUCCAUCGGGAAACUGUAUUACAAAAAAGGCGAGAAUUAGCUCACCAAGCCUCUAGUGUCGGUAGGCUCGUCAAUCGUUCCAAUUCUCCAUAUCGUCCGGAAAGCGCACCGCCCAUACACACUUAUUAA